GAAGUGUCUAGUAUAGAUAAACAGUGCAGGCGACAAAAACAAAUAGAUCGAAAUUGGCGCUCCUUUUUCCCUUUCUAACAUUCACAUCACAUUCAUCUCUCUCUCUCUACUUUCUCUCGAUCCAUCCACGAACCAUUUCCGCAACUAUAUAAAUCAAAACCUCACACAAAACAAUAUCACAAUCCCUAAAUCUCAUAAUACUAAUCCAUAAAUUAAUCGAUUAUCACACCCAAACAUGGCCUUACGCAGAAGAACUUUACUCAAAGUUAUCGUUCUUGGAGACAGUGGGGUUGGAAAAACUUCGUUGAUGAAUCAAUAUGUGCACAAGAAGUUCAGUCAGCAAUAUAAAGCUACAAUCGGUGCUGACUUUGUCACCAAAGAAUUGCAGAUCGAUGACCGACUAGUGACUCUACAAAUAUGGGACACUGCAGGGCAGGAGAGAUUUCAAAGUCUUGGUGUUGCAUUUUAUAGAGGGGCCGAUUGCUGUGUUCUCGUUUAUGAUGUUAAUGUGAUGAAGUCAUUUGACACACUUGAUAACUGGCACGAGGAGUUUCUGAAACAGGCAAACCCUUCUAAUCCAAGCACUUUUCCAUUUAUAUUGCUUGGAAACAAAGUUGAUAUUGAUGGCGGGAAUAGUCGAGUGGUUUCUGAUAAGAAAGCAAAGGACUGGUGUGCCUCAAAAGGGAAUGUUCCUUACUUUGAGACAUCUGCAAAGGAAGACCUCAAUGUUGAUGCUGCAUUCCUACGUAUUGCCAAGACUGCAUUAGCCAAUGAACGUGAGCAAGACAUAUAUUUUCAACCUAUUCCGGAGCCUGUUGUUCCGGAGAAUGAGCAGAGGGGUGGGUGCGCAUGCUGACCGGAAUUUCUCUCCAAUGCGUUGGCUCAAAUUCUUCAAUUCUUUUUUGUCUCAUUAGAUCACUCCCUCCCCCUUUUUGUACACUCAACAUGAGAUGCUUGAGUAAAUCAUGUCUGCCCUUGAUGAUGCCAUUAGAGUUCUGUUUACUUGUGGUUCAACUUUAGAAUGUUGCAUUUGUAGGGAAGAAUAUAUAAUUUUUGAAAUUUACAUGAGCAUACUGUUUUGGUGAAACAAGAGAUCGUAAUCGUUGGCAGUGAUAGCAAAAUUAAGUGUAUUGAAAGUUCUUGAUGAAAAACCAAACCUUUCAAUGGAUGACAUUUUUCUCCUAA